AUUAGAACAUAAUUACACAAAAGUGCAGAGAGGCAAUGAAAGGAUGGGAUUACUGCGGUAUUUCAUUACGCGUCAGCGUACUGAAUCAGUGUGGACGUGAUACGAUCAAACGAUUUGUUUGGAACUCAGCCCCAACUUCCGGGCGCUCUGUAUGGCGUAGAUUUUAAGUCGCUCGGAGAAGCUUUGCCGCCAGCGGAAGUGACGUAGUGGAAGGGGCGGUGCUUGGGAGUCUGAGUGACAGCCAAGGUAUCAACAGGUGAUCCGGAACCUGCCGAGCCACACAGCAAGCGAUUGAGGAGUCGCGUCACUUUACUUAUUUUCUUACGCUCUUCUUCCUCGUCGACGUCGUCGCCUUUUCUCGGUUCCAACUUGGGGAAAAGUCGGAUGAAAGUUUGCCCGGCGGCCAGCCAUGAGUUCGUCGGAGAGUCUCCGUCCGGCCCCCGGAGGUCGAAAGCCGCUUGGCAAGUUGGCGGCCCGCCUCGAGGAGCUCAAGAGUCCGUGGCGGCAGGUAUCAUCGCUGGAACUCAGCCACAGUGAGGCCGCUCGCCUGGCCACCGACGCGCUGCUCGAGCACGGCGAACCCGAGUACCGUCGUGUCCUUACCGAGGAGCGGGAGCUCAGCUUCUUGUCCCAAGCCGAGAUCCAGUACAUCACACUCCACCGGGACCCGGGGAGCGACGGCGCGGCGGCCGGGAGCGGGACUGGAACUGGGACCGGGAGCGAGAGGGGAACCGGCCCGUCGUCGGCGGCGGAGGACCAUCCCGAUGCAGGUGAAAGCGACAGCGUCGAUGACGUCGUGUCGGAGCUCACCUCCGGGACUUAUUUCCCGACGAUGACCGACGACGAGCCGCCGAUCCUCGAGCUCGGGUGGCCGGACGCCCCAAUGAGGUACGGGCCGUCGGAGACGCAGAUCUACUUCCAGCGGGACAAGACCGUCAACGUCAAAGACAGAAUACGUUCCCUCAUCAACAAGGCCAAGAAGGUGAUCGCAGUCGUCAUGGAUGAGUUCAGCGAUGUGGAUUUGCUGUGCGACCUGAUGGAAGCGUCCAGCAAGCGCAAAGUUCCCGUCUACAUUUUGCUGGACCACAAGAACCUUCACCUCUUCACCGACAUGUGCUCCUCUUUGGACGUGCACAGCGCCAACAUGAGCAACAUGCGCAUACGCAGCGUGUGCGGUGACACAUACUGCACAAAGAGCGGGAGGAAGUUCACUGGCCAAGUCCUGGAAAAGUUUAUGAUCAUCGACUGUGAGGAGGUCAUUGCCGGAUCCUACAGCUUCACAUGGCUGUCAGCCCAGGUCCACAGCAACAUGGUGAUGCAUUUCUCGGGUCGCAUCACGGAGAGUUUCGACCGCGAAUUCCGCUGCUUGUACGCCGACUCUCAGAUCAUCGAGUGCUUCUACAGCGAGGACGACGAGGGUGUUCCGUACUUCCCGCUCUACCAAAUGCCCAUGAUGAUGAGCAGCUUCCCGCCGCUCAUCAAGGCCGAUCUGCUUUCAGACAGGCAGCGGCCCGGUUCCGACAACUCCAGCAGCCAAUCGGACUGCAGCCAGUGCAGCGUGAAGGCGGCGCCCGGCCUGAUCUCCAACCCCGUUUACAAGGUGACCCAAGGUCACGAUAAAGUUGACCCGCUGCCCUCUCACCUCUGUCUAGAGCGGCGCAGCAACGAGCGGCGGCUUCAAAACCUGGUGUCGCCUCACACUUCCUCCAACGGGGCGGCCAAUCACAGUCCGCUCUUGGAGCGCCGGACUCUAGCCUACGGACUGGAGCGGACCAAGAGCAACGCGGCCGAGAUCAUGUGGGCUCACCGGAUAGGCGCGCCAUCCAAGCUCCAGGGUCUGGGACUGUACGAGCACAAACUCAACCUGUUCCAUCCCACGCCGCCGCCGCCUCGCCUCCACCGGAGCCACACGCCCCCGCUGCUGCUACCGGAAAGCAAACUGGGCAGCAAGCACACAAGCUCAUCCAAUCAGCUCUUUCACAAACUGUCAGACUUAUUCCUGCCGCUGUCGAGCAAAGACCACUUGGCCAGGUCGGCAUCUCCUAUCGGCACCGUGGCGUGGGGGGGGCCCGACCUCUCGCUCGGCGAGCCCGAGAGCCAGCAGGCGCCUCCGCCCCCGCCCCCCUUGCUCCAGGUUGCGAGGCAAGACCAGAACCUAAUACAAGACAAAAGCACCAGAACGGAACAAAGCGCACUACAGGACAAAAUGACCAAGCCGGACCAAAUGACCAAACCGGACCCAAUGACCAAACAUGACCAAAUAACCAGGCAGGACCAGAAGCGCAUGACUCUGGGCCACAGCAAGCUGGAUCUGGUCAACCAGUACAACAAGAUGAAGAACAAGCAGGUUUACAGUCGCUUUGAGCUCAAGAGCUCCCAGUGACAUCCUGGGGGUGAUCAACGCCGAGUGACCUCAAGACACCCAAAUGCUCCGAACUCGUCUGGAAACCUAGGAGGAAAACCCCCCCAAAAAAUUCCAUUUCAUUCAUUUGCAAAUAAUUCUCUAGGUUCUCCAAUGGUGUCGAUUACCCGGGAGGACCAGCACACCAAACGGGGCCCAAACCAGCAGAUGAGACCCAACCAACCAGAAAGGAGCAGAAAAGCAGGACUUUGAUCGUGAUGAUCGCAUGACUUGAUGAAGACCAAGCACGUUUAUAUUUACUUGGAGCUCAAGUGACCUUCUGGUGAACUCCAAGGGCUUGAUUUGCAAAAAAAAGUUUGGGUGUACAAAAACGGGCACAAGCUCGAUUGCUCAUGGACACAAUUGGAAGCGGGCGAACCAUCCGGGCGCAACCGGAUCACAAUGGCCAAAAGUGGCACAAAAUUGCCACGCGGUUCAUCAUUUUGUGUGUUGCGGGUGGAUGGUUUUGGAAGGUUGACGGCAGCGAUAUGCCUCGUCUUUUAGGAGCGCCAAAGUCAAUUUGUAUCUUGCGCGCUUUUAAGGUGCAACCAUUCUUCCAUCCAGACUUCUGACACACAGGCACCAUGCGCAACUCGCGUCAAGUCAUACGGUGGCCCGAAUUUCCUGAUCGUGAGGCUCGUGAGAUCCAUUUUGAAAAUAUGUCACACUCUGGUUGUGACGCUAACUUGCGUAGCGGUUUGUCCGAUCUUUGCUAAUGACGUGCGCGCGCUUCAUCUACAGGCUACUUUGCUGGAGCGUGUGUUUGAGUUCCCCCCCACCCUCACCCCCAUUGAAAUCCAAUCCAAAAAAAAUGCAAUUUCUUCAGAAUACUGUGCUCGUAACUGAACGCUUGUAAAUUUAGUUCACCAGGUUGCUAAGCAAUACCGAAAAAAAAAAAAAACCCCACACUCAGGCCAAAAACUAAAUUAGUGAGCCCCAACGACUGCGAGGAAUCUAGGAAACGAGUCCAUCAGAUCGACUCGCCUCAAUUUGUCGUGUGCGCGUAUGGCUUGACUGUACAUUUGUAUGUAAUUUGUUUGCGAUACUCAAACAGAGCACGGUGGAGUCUCGUAGGUGGUGCCCGACACUUUGCCCUUGGCGGAGGUCAUAAGGAGGCGUGUACAUAUUUGCAAAUAUUCUAUGCAAACAUAUUCUGCAGAAGAGGACCAAAGUUUUGUUUGCCUUUUGUUCUUGGAGUGAUGGACAUCAUAGAACUCCCAAACAAACAACUUCGCGUUAUUGACUUAGCAAAGUGGGAUUGUCAUAGCAACUUGUUUUAUUUGAUCAAGAAAUGCGUCAAUGUUUCCUUUUCUGAGAAUCCGUAACGUCAAAUCUUUUUCGGUUGUUCCCUUUGUAGCAAUUAAAAAAAAAAAAAAGAAGAAAAAAAAAA